CCAUUUGAUGUAAGUAGUGCACUUUAAGAUAAAGAGUUAAGAGUUGCAGCCUUGAACGAAGUAAAGGACUGUGAUAAAAUCUUCCCUCCUGUGUACAACCAUGGCGGAAACAAAAGACAGAAGAACGUGUGUAAUUGCUGUGGACGGAAGCAAUUACGCAACAGAAGCAGUCAAGUGGUUUAAGAAGAAUGUGCACAAGCCCGGGGACUGUGUGUUACUGGUGACAGCGAUAGACCACCGCAAACACCUGCAAUAUGGAUUGCAUGUUUCACCAAAAGCUGUCACAAUGACGCCAGGGAAUCCGGACUCCAUUACACACGCCUUCGCUGCUGAAGACAAGAAAGCUAAUGAGCUGUUAGAGAAAAUGAAGACCGUAACUGACGGGUUAGGGAUGGAGGCUGAAUUUGUAAAAAUGUCUGGAGAAGCAGGGGAGUGUAUAGUCAAAAAAGCUAAGGAUUCAGGAGCGGAUCUGAUUGUUACUGGUUGUCGUGGGUUGGGAACUAUUCGGAGAACAAUCCUUGGUAGUGUGAGUGACUACAUCAUCCAUCACUCGGAAGUUCCUGUAUUUGUUGUACGCCACUAGAGAGAGAGGGAUCAUUUUGUGGGUCAUUACGAUCAACAUAUAAACUUAAAACGAAUAUUGCAAUAGCAUUGUUAUCAUCUAAAGCAGUUUUUUUUUUAUUUUACAUUGUUUUGCGUCAGUCACAAUCCAUUAUAUUGUACAAUUGUAAUUUGUUUCUCAUUAAAGGAAUUUGUUGUCCUUUUAAAGUUAGAAUCAUGUGUAAUUUUUAGGUAAAUUCUUUAUCUUAAAGUUGUCCUUUCACGAGAUUUUGAAACCUAUAAAUAAUAUGUGAAAUAUACAUGUGUUUUUUUACAAUCUACUUCUCUUGAGCUGCCUCUCUAGUUUAGUGGUAAUGGUGUAAGAGCUGCUAUUUUUCUAUCCAUACUGUAGUUUUCCAGCCAUAUACUGCACACAAGCUUUUUGAUGAGAUAUAGAUUUUGGGGAGUUGUACUCAACGUUCAGAAGAAUAAAGCGUCAAAAUCUACUUGCGUUAUACUUUAAGCAAAUAAAAGUUCCUAUUUAUGUUAUUGUGCUUCCACGGAGUUUGAUUUGUUCACCGAUGAUUUCAACUGUGGAAUAUAGUACUAUCAUAUCGUAUGUAAUAAAUAUGCGUUUCGUCUGUCUCUCU